AGCCUGCCGGGUCCUCCUCUUUCCCAGCUCUCCCCGCGCCAUGGCCUCCACGCGCAGCUCUACUCUCCCGGCCCAUGAUGCUGCGCGGCGGCGGCGCAAGAUGGCGGCGGAGCGGCAGGUGGCCGGCGGUGGCGGGGGCCGCCGCGGGGGAGGCGGCGGCGGCGGGGCAGGCCCGGAGGAGAACAAGGAGAAUGAGAAGCCCGCGGGGCCGAAGGCGGGGAGCCUCGGGGACAGCCUGGGCCUGGAGAUCCUUCAGAUUAUUAAGGAAUCCCAACAGCAGCAUGGUUUACGGCACGGAGAUUUCCAGAGAUACAGGGGUUAUUGCUCCCGCAGGCUAAGACGACUCCGAAAAACUCUUAGCUUCAAGAUGGGAAAUAGACACAAGUUCACAGGGAAGAAAGUAACUGAGGAGAUUCUCUCUGACAACAGGUACUUGCUGUUGAUACUGAUGGAUGCAGAGAGAGCCUGGAGCUACGCGAUGCAGCUUAAGCAGGAAGCCAACACAGAACCCCGCAAGCGAUUUCAUUUGCUUUCUCGCCUGCGCAAAGCCGUGAAACACGCUGAGGAGCUGGAGCGCCUAUGUGAAAGCAAUCGGGUGGAUGCCAAGACUAAGCUGGAAGCUCAGGCGUACAUGGCUUACCUCACAGGAAUGCUGCACUUUGAACACCAGGAGUGGAAAGCGGCUAUGGAGGCUUUCAACAAAUGCAAGACGAUAUAUGAAAAACUGGCCAGUGCUUUCACAGAGGAACAGGCUGUGCUAUAUAAUCAGCGCGUGGAGGAGAUUUCACCCAACAUUCGCUAUUGUGCCUAUAAUAUUGGUGACCAGUCUGCUAUCAGUGAGUUAAUGCAGAUGAGACUGAGAUCUGGUGGCACAGAGGGUCUUCUUGCUGAAAAAUUAGAGUCACUGAUCACCCAGACUCGAGCAAAGCAGGCAGCUACCAUGAGUGAGGUGGAAUGGAGGGGAAGAACUGUCCCAGUGAAGAUAGACAAAGUGAGGAUCUUUUUAUUGGGGCUGGCAGAUAAUGAAGCGGCCAUUGCUCAGGCAGAAGGAGAGGAAACAAAGGAACGUCUGUUUGAGUCUUUACUCAGCGAGUGUCGAGAUGCCAUACAGGCUGUUCGCGAAGAGCUGAAACCAGACCAGAAGCAACGGGAACAUUCUCUGGAAGUGGAUUCUGGGAAAGUGUCCAAUAUCCAAUACCUUCAUAGUUACCUGACAUACAUCAAGCUGUCAACAGCCAUCAAGCGCAAUGAGAGCAUGGCAAAAGCUUUGCAGAAGACACUGCUGCAGGAGCAACAGUCAGAGGAUGAUGGCAAGCGUACAGCACGGCCUCAGGACCUGAUUCGCCUGUAUGACAUCAUCUUGCAGAAUCUGGUGGAACUGCCACAACUUCCUGGCCUGGAAGAAGAUAAGAACUUCCAGAAGGAGAUAGGACUGAAGACACUGGUGUAUAAGGCUUAUAGGUGUUUCUUCAUUGCCCAGUCGUAUGUACUGGUGAAAAAGUGGAGUGAAGCCCUUGUUUUGUAUGACAGAGUCCUGAAGUAUGCCAGUGAAGUCCAGGCCCAGGCUGGUGCUUAUAAGAACAGCUUGAAGGAGUUGCCUGAUGUCCAGGAGCUGAUCAAUCAAGUGAAUGCAGAGAAAUACUCCCUGCAGGCAGCUGCUAUAUUAGAUGCAAAUGACACCCAUGAGACUGAGUCUCCCUCCCAGGUCAAGGAUGGCAAGCUACUCUCUGAACGGUUUGAGACAUUCUGCCUGGAUCCCUCUCUUGUCAGCAAACAAGCCAGUCUGGUGCAUUUCCCUCCUGGGUUCCAGCCAGUCCCAUGCAAACCCUUGUUCUUUGACCUGGCCCUCAACCAUGUUGCUUUCCCACCUCUGGAGGACAAGGUGGAGCAGAAAGCGAAGAGUGGUCUCACAGGAUAUAUCAAGGGCAUCUUUGGAUUCAGAAGUUAACUCGUGGCCUUCAAAGGAGGUCUUAUUCUGUUGUGGGAAAGUUCCAACAGGGUCCAGAACAUAAAUAUCUGCGUCUGAAACCAAUAAGGGGAGACUCUUACCAUCUUCCCUGUGUUGUGUAUGUGCCUGUGCACUUGCGUUCUUUCCCAGUGUAUUAGAGGAAAACAGUCUACCCCAGGACCAUGUGUACUAUAUAAAUGUCUGAUAACAUCUGGAGCAGAGAAAUUCCAUUGUCCUCUGAAAAGUUGGAGUUUGCUUUUUGACCAGUGCCCCAUUAAGGGUCAAUACAUACAAUCGACCAGGCAUAGGCAUAUCUUGAUGUUCAUCGAUGGUUGAUGUUAUAAUUUGAUUCUCUGAUCAGAACAUUCUUUGGGGGUGGGAGGAGGAGGGCAGGAGAAGGCAGGUGUUGAGGAACCAGAAUUCACAAAAGGGUCUGCCUAAGCAAAGCGUAUGAAACACUAGCUAGGGAGACUGGAUUCCUGCUAGUGUGCCACCUACCACACCCUGACUUAAAAAUAUAUAUAGUUAUGUAAAGAGAAAUCUGUCUUUAUUUUUAAAAAAUGUUGCAUUCAGAAACGAGAGCUGAAACUCUUGUGCUAAGAGCAGGGGUGGUAAAUACUUUAAUAAAUGUUAAUGAUUACCUAA